AGAGUACAAGUCUCCCCGCCGUUGACAAGAGGACCAAGUGCCUUUAUACCAGAGAAUGAAGUUAUGCAAGCAAAUGGUUUGAAUGAACGUACUAAUCUUCUUGUGGAAGAGUACUCUACGUCUGGUCGCCUGGACAACAUCACGCAGGUCAUGAGUAUCCACACUCAGUACCUGGAGUCUUUCCUCCGCAGCCAGUUCUAUAUGCUGCGCAUGGACGGGCCCCUUCCUUUGCCCUAUAGGCACUACAUUGCUAUAAUGGCUGCUGCCAGACAUCAGUGUUCCUACCUAAUAAAUAUGCACGUUGAUGAGUUUUUGAAGACUGGCGGGAUUGCAGAUUGGUUGAAUGGUUUAGAAUACAUUCCCCAAAGACUGAAAAAUCUGAAUGAAAUAAACAAACUCCUUGCACACCGGCCCUGGCUGAUCACAAAAGACCACAUUCAGAAACUUGUCAAGACUGGGGAAAAUAAUUGGUCUCUUCCUGAACUGGUGCAUGCUGUUGUCCUGUUGGCACAUUAUCAUGCCUUGGCAAGUUUUGUAUUUGGUAGUGGCAUUAAUCCAGAGAGAGAUCCGGAUACAUCUAAUGGAGUCAGACUUAUAGCAGUCAACAACUUCUGUGUCUGUGAUCUUGCCAAUGACAACAACAUAGAAAAUGCAUCCCUCACAAGUAGCAACUUUGGGAUUGCAGAUUCUUUAAGUGAGCUGGAGGCCUUAAUGGAAAGGAUGAAGAGGCUACAAGAAGAUAAAGAGGACGACGAAGCCUCUCAGGAAGAAAUGGCAACUCGCUUUGAAAAGGAGAAGAAGGAGAGUCUGCUAGUUAUUAGUGGAGGUAUUUUUCAUUCAUUAAAAUAUUCCCAUUUUGCUGUUUUAUUCACAGCAUUUGAUGAUGAAAUAGUUUCUACGGAUGUCUCCCGCUAUAUUGAAGAUCCUGGAUUUGGGUACAAAGACUUUGCAAGGCGAGGAGAAGACCAUCUGCCAACGUUCAGAGCUCAGGACUAUACUUGGGAAAAUCAUGGUUUUUCCCUUGUAAACAGGCUUUAUUCUGAUAUUGGGCAUCUCCUGGAUGAGAAGUUUCGGAUGGUAUAUAACCUUACCUAUAACACUAUGGCAACACAUGAAGAUGUUGAUACAACUACGCUAAGAAGAGCUUUAUUUAACUAUGUCCACUGUAUGUAUGGAAUCAGGUAUGAUGACUAUGAUUAUGGAGAAGUUAAUCAGUUACUUGAACGCAGCCUGAAGGUUUACAUAAAGACAGUGACCUGCUAUCCGGAGAGAACUACCAAGCGCAUGUACGACAGUUACUGGCGUCAGUUCAAGCACUCGGAGAAGGUUCAUGUCAAUCUACUUCUAAUGGAAGCUCGUAUGCAAGCCGAACUUCUGUAUGCCCUUCGUGCCAUAACUCGUCACUUAACCUGAAACAUUGGCUGGGUAGGAGUAAGGAGUUUUUACUGAAUUAGUGGAGUCCAGCAGGAGAUGGGUUCUGCCUGUCCUGAGAACGUCCCACCACGUCGUGACUCGUGACAGAGACGCGCGGGCUGCGUUGCAUUGAAUUGCCCACUGGAUUCUUCUGUGUCUCCUGGAGACUGCUCGCCAGUCACUGUCUUACUACAGCAAUUGCAGGUGAUGCGAGAUGUGGGUGCAAACAUCGAGCACACUUUAAUGUGAAAUUAAUCAUGGUAAAUCCUACAGCAUGCUACUGAAGUGCAAAAUUCAUCUGCUUUGUCAUGCCCCUUCCCAAGAGAAGAGGCUUCGCAAUUUGCCAUUUCAGCCACACCUCUGUGUUUCAAUCAUGCAUAAUCUUGUUUUACUUGCAGUCACCCUCAGUUUUCCUUCCAGUAUCCAUGCUCAUCACAUGUUGCCAUUUGUUUAGUUGGCACCUAUAAAGUUAAUACACAGGCUGACCAAAAAUAGGGUUGUGGGUUUUUUUGCACUCUCUUCUUUCUC